AUGUGUGGUAUUUGGGCACUUUUCGGUAUCGAAGUACAUUCGAUUUCCAAAUAUGACAAGACUUUUGCGAAGAUCAAACACAGGGGACCCGACGCUUGGAGAUUGGAGUUCGAUUUAAAAGUGAAAGUAAAUAUUAUACGCUUAAAAUUAUUAAAAAAAAAAACAUAGUUAGCAUACAGUAUUUAAAUUGUGAAAUAUUAUUAUUGUUUUUUUUUUUUUUUUUCUAGAAUGCGUGCCUUGGAUUCCAUCGUCUCGCCAUUAUUGAUAGCCUUUACGGGAUGCAACCGAUGAAAUUACAUAAAUUUCCGUUUUCCACUAUGAUAUGCAACGGAGAAAUUUUCAACUGGAAACAAGUAAAUACUGAAAUAAAUCAAUAAAUAAUUAAAUGUUUUAGUCAAAAAUUGAAACCCUUAACUCCCUUUCUUAAAUACGCCACUGAGUAGGUGAUUGGUACAUAAUAUUGAACACGAAUAAUUUUCUUUAAUUAAAAUAAUAUGAAUUUCACAACAGAUAUUCAGUUUCUUUCAUUUUUGAUUUAGCUCAAUCGCGUGUUUAGCUGACUUAUUAAAAUUCACUGUAAGAAUAUACGGAGGAGAAUUACUUAUUUUUAAUACUUAGAGUGGUUGAAAACGAUUUGUUUUUAAUAAAUUCAGAUGGAUAAUAGCUUAUGUAAAAUAAGUAUAUUUCCAAUAGUUCAAUUUCUGUUUUAAAAAAUGAUUUGACUUCGUAUAUUUUUUUUUUAAAUGUUUUGUAGAAAAAAUAUUUUUAUUUGGUAUUUUUUUUUUUUUGUGGCAUUUUUAUUUACUGGUUUAUUUUAAGAAAAUAACUCAAUACUCUUCAGUUAAAUUAAUUAAAUAAAGAACCGGACAAAUUUUUCCUACAAACCUUAGACAAUAAAAAUACAUAAAUUUAAAUAUUAGGCGAACGGUAGUGGACAAAUUUCACUCCAGCUCAUUGUUCUUAAACGUCAUAUUCGUCCUUAAAAACUACCGUCAUACAUUCUCUUUUCUUCUUAAAUGAGAAUCGGCCAGUAAAUUAGUGGAAAAGUCAUUAAUUUCAAAAUUUACAAAAUUGAAAAAAUUUGGAAAACCGUUCGAUUAUAAAAAUAUGUGGUUAUAAAAAUAUGAUUUGUCUCACGAUAAUAUCUUUCAGCAAUAUUUUCAUGUGUGAUUUGAUAUAGCUUGGAGAAAAACACGGUUUCAACUACGAAACUCAAUGUGACGUUGAAAGCGUACUGCAACUUUACGGAACCUUCGGUAUCGAAGAAGCUCUAAAACAAUUAGAUGCAGAAUACGCGUUCUGUGUGAUCGAUUCUCAGAAACAAAAAAUAUUUGUCGCAAGAGACCCAUUUGGUGUAAGGCCAUUAUUUUACUUGUCAUCGAGUAACGGAAUAGUCGGCAUAUCUUCUGAAGCAAAAGGUAUUGGGGGUCUAUUUUGGAAUGUUAUACACAAAAUAUAUAUAUAUAUAAACUAGACACAAAAUAUUUUAUUUAAAUGUAAGCGUAAAACUAAAAAAUCGUUUACACAAAUACACAUAUCACACUAAUCGUGACUUUUAAUGAAAAAAAUGUAUCCUUUACUCGUUAAUAUCGUCUGCAUUAUACCUAAACAAAAUAUACUUUUUCCAAAAACCAUUUUUUUUUUUCACUGCAGUAUUAAAAAAUAUAUUCAUUUUCGGUGCACAUAAUAUAGGUCUAAUAAAAUUAGUGGGCGAACUUGGACUUACUGAAUGGGAAAUGAAACCUUUUCCACCGGGUCACGUGGCAGAGUACAAUAUUCUACCAGACGGAAAACUUGAAAUGAUCUCGUUAAAUCGAUUCUUUAGAGCCGAGGAACCCAUUUUGCCACCUGUACCUCUCAAAGAGGGUAAGUAAAUCGUAAUAUCAAUACGUAUAUGUUCGACGAGCUUGUCACAGCUAUAAUAUAUUGUUCGUGUCCAACGAUGAUAUUUUUACGUACAAUUUUAGGUCUGACCGAGGAAGUGGUUCGUGCCAAUAUUCGCGAUUUAUUGACACAAUCAGUCGAAAAAAGAAUGAUGUCGAAUCGACGUAUCGGCUGUUUGCUUUCCGGUGGUUUGGAUUCCAGUCUCAUAGCUGCCAUACUGGUCAAACUUUCCAAAGAAAAGGAUUUACCGUAUCCGAUCCAAGUAAAAUUAAAAACCAAAAAAAAAAACCAUUUGCGAUUUAUUUGAAAUUAUUAUUUCGCAGACGUUUUCAAUUGGAAUGGAAGAUAGUCCUGACAUACUAGCAGCAAGACAGGUGGCCAAACACAUUGGCUCCGAACACCACGAAGUGAUUUUUACUGCCGAAGACGUGUUGAAUGUAUUAGAUAAAGUUAUUUACACCUUAGAAACGGCGGACAUCACAACGAUAAGAGCGUCGUGUGGUAAACAAUUUGUUAAUAUUAUUAUUAUACUAGUAAUUAUUAUUUUUUAUUAACUUAAUAAUUUAUGUACCUGGGCAUAAGACAGAAAAAUGUUUAGUGAAUAUCCACUGUAUCUACGUGUCCUAACUCUUUUGACUUUACGCAAUUACGCUUUCCCCUACCGGUGAGAGUUUUUCCUACAUAAAAUAUGAUAUUUUGUUACAAAAUUUCCAAUAAUUUGCCAUUUAUUUUCAAUGGGUUGCAUAGUAAUCUGCACAAAAUCUUACUCUACUUGAUGUCCAAUAGACUUUAUAUUGUAAAUCCAUUUGGACACAGCAUAAACUUCUUUAAAAAUGUCCUAAUAUAAGAUAUAAUAACGUAGUGUCUAUUAUGACUGUAGUAACAUAUAUUUUUAACAGUUCGUUUAACCUUUAACAUAUUGUAAAACUCUUCGCGUGUCUCGGUGAUUAGCCGAGUGAACGCGGUUUGGCGUGUUUUUUUUAUUAGUUUUAUAUUAAGUCAAUUGUUAAAUGAAAAAAAAAAUUAAAAUUCACAGUAAAAACCUAAUCAUUUUAUAACCAGAUUUUACUAUAAUUAAAAUGCUUUUAUAAUAUGGUAAGCAGUUAAAGCUAAAAACAUUAUUAUAAUAAAAAUAUCAAUCCUACGAUGUACCAUUAUAGCAAUAAUUACGCUAGUAAAAGCUUAAAAAGUCAAUGGAAAAAUUGUACAGACAAUAAUAAAUAAAAGCAAACAACGUAAAUACACAUAAUUUUUUAAAUAAGUAUACGCAAAUCAAUUUUUUAUAAACAAAAUUGCAUUUCUGUGAUUCAAAACAAACAAACGGACGAACAUCCGUCAAGUAAAGUUAAAUAAAAGCUUGUAAUUAUAACGAUCUUUCAAUAUUUGUUCAAAUUAUAUUUACUUACCUAUAUUUAACUUACGUAUAGAUUGUAUAUAAUGAUAGUAAUAAAUUAAGCACUGGGCGUUUUUCGAAAAUCCAGAAAAAAAUUUUUUUUUUAUAUAAUAGUUCGGAAAUGGUUAUUUUUUUGGAUAAUAUUUACGUAUUAUUCCGUUGACCGAAUAUAGUUUUGUCGAAUAGGCAGUGGCGGCCCGGGGUUUCAUGAGAUGAUCAUCUCACAACUGAAAUGUAAUGUUUGUAAGGGGGGAGGGGGCUCAUGUGAAAUAAACUGAUAAAAUUAAUUUUUUAAAAGAAAUUUUGUCUACGUCUGUAUGUUUAUCUAAUCUAAAAUAUGAUAUAAUAACCAAAAUAAUGUUAAAAAAUGUCAUUUAAUGUACGAAUAAUGAUUAGAAACAUAAUAUUGUCAAAAAAAAAAAUAAAAACGUGUUCAACAAUAAACAAUAAAAAAGAAGUCCACGCCCUAAAAAAAUAUUAUAAAACGAAAUCUUUUUUUUUUUUUUUUUUUGAUGUAUAACGAGUAAUUUUACCUUUUUACAGUAUUAUCAUACAUAUCUUAACAAAUUGUACAUACAAACAUACCUACGUUCAUUGGUAAGGACGUAAGAUAUAUACACAUACAUAGGUAUACGCUAUCGUUUUGGUAAGUACCUUUACGAAAAGUACAUAGGUACAAUAAAGGUAGAUAGUACGCAUUUAUACUUACGUCUGUAUAAACUUUAUUCGGAAUUUCACUUUUAGAUUCUGUGUAUAACGAAUUUUAUUUAAUAACUAUAUUGAUUGGGUAGACAAAUACUCCAAUCCAAUUUGUUCAUCCAGUACCUCAAAAGAUGUGGAAUUUCUGCGCGAUGGCACUUUAUUUGAAACAUUCAUCGACAUUUUUAGUAGUUCGUCCCCAAGAUUCUAUUUUUUUUCUAAGUUUUCUCGAAAACAUCGGAAAAAACACUACCUACUAUAAUAAUAUACUACUCCGUUCCGUUUGCAAUGAUUUUAUGAGUACAAACAGUUUAAAUUCAAACCUCGUUACAACUUCACUGUGAAGUGUGAACAUUUCAAUUUUUAAGAAUUGUUUUUAAAUUUACAUUGAUAUCAAAUAUUAUCCAAAUUUCAGCGAAAAAGAAAUAUUCGAGCUUAUACUUUUACGUGUGCCUAUCGCGUACAUAAUAUUAUAUUUGUACCUAUACCGAUGAUUUUAUGAUUUUAUAAUAUUUUAAUUCUAUUAAAUCGAUAAUACUUAUCGUUGUGCAGGCAUGUACCUAGUAGCUCAGUACAUAAACCAAAAAACCGACACGGUGGUAUUGUGCAGUGGCGAGGGUGCCGACGAGGUGGCGCAAGGUUACAUAUAUUUCAGAGACGCUCCCUCACCGGAACACGCACACAACGAGAGCCUUAGACUAUUAAAUGACAUUUACAUGUACGACGGAUUGCGAGCCGACAGAACGACCGCGGCUCAUGGGUUUGUAUACCAUUAAGAUUUCUCAGAUAUUAAAAAACUCAGGAUAAAUAAUAUACAUAGCACAUAGUUUUUUUUUAUUAAAUAGUUAUGCAUCAAUACGUGUCUAUACACCUCCAUUAAAAAAACUCCUCGAGAAGGUAGACCGAACUUACCCUUUAACAUUUGAUCUUUCUACAAUUACCAGUGAGAGUAUUUUCUAAUUUCUUAAACAUAAAAAUGUAAUAUUUCAUUACAAAAUCUACUCAUUCGACCAUUUAACAUUUAUUUUCUAUAAUGGACAGUGAACACAUAAUAAACAAAAUCUUACUUUGCUACAGGUGUCCAAUGGACUUUACUGUGUUCCAUUAGAACACAGGAAACAUUAAAAAAAUUGCCCUGAUACAUAGUAGUAGCAGUAAUAGUACUCGAUCAUUAAACGAAUAUUCACUGUGAUUUUUGCAGGAUGUUUCGAUACAUACUAUCUGGAUAUUAAUCGGUAAUGAUUAUUGUCUUGAUUAAUAUAGUCUGUAAAAGAGGUACAAAUUUGUAUUUUAUAAGUGCUGUACUUAUAUCUAGUAUUUUAUUGGAUAAAUAACACACCUAUGUUGUCUAAUACUAUAUGCAGAAGCGUAAGUAUAUAUGAAGGAUAUCGGCAAAAACCAGGAAAGUUAAUUUUUUCAGAGAAAAAUAUUUUUUUAAUUUCAAAACGUAACAAUUUUUUUUACAAAGUAAAACUUAGAACUUUUUAAACUUUUAAAUUAGUAACCACAACACAAUAAUGUCAUAUUAUAUUAUUAACCAUGACUAUAGCUAUGUAUUAACCAAACACUUGUCUGGUUAUCAGUUGGCUCAACUUUUCUUUUCCUGUAGGCCUAAACUAUUUACUAUUUAAAGCUCAUUACUUUCGAUUACUUUGGUUUUUUCGCCUAUUCAAUAAUUUGUGCGAUCACAAAGGUACAUCAGUACAAAUUGUUUGUACCAAUAUUGUCAUUUUAGAAAAAAAUUAAAAUUUUUUGGUUUUUUUCCCUGUAUCCUUCGUAUUAUUUAUGGGGGGGGGGUCUAAUUAUAAAUUAUUUUAUAGAAGUGAAUUUAUAUUUGAAAAAAAAAUUAAUAUUGAACCGUUAAUAUUGAGUUGAAAGAAAUGGUAGGGGAGAGUUCAAACCCUACACAACCUCUUUCGCUUUUGGAUACAUAAUUACUAUAUAGUGCCUAUAUAUGAAAACUCUGAAAUUCCGGAAAUAUUGCUGAUUUUUUUAAAAAUUCAAAUUUUUGAACUUUAAAAUUAUGUUCGGAUUAUGCAGCGAUAUUAAAAAUCUGGAUUUCAUGAGUAUUCGAAUUUUAAACGCAACACUAUAUUAUAGUGUUCUAGCUAUAUUUUUCACUGGUCAUCUUGUUUUUCAGGCUCGAGCUGAGGGUGCCGUUUCUGGAUUUGCGUUUCGCUCAGUAUUACCUUGGACUACCCAAGACGAUGCGACAACCGCAAAACCAAAUCGAAAAAUAUCUACUCAGGUCCGCGUUCGACGGCACGGGGCUUUUGCCGAAUGAUGUUUUGUGGCGGCACAAAGAGGCUUUCAGGUGAUGAUUUUCAGCUCCCUGCGGGCACAAAUCAAAAAUUGCUACAGUAAUGUGAUUGUCUCUUAUAUUAUGUAGGUAAUUAGUGUGACGGGAGAGAAGUGGGACGAAUGACAAUUAUACUUUUCUAUUGCGGUUUUAACGUCAAUCGAUUUAUCAAACAAUAAUGUUUACAAAUAUCAGAAAAUAUGUUUAGGUUACUAAUAAUUAAAACUAAAAAAAAGAUUCUGGUUAAAUUCUUAUCAGCUCCCUCGUAUUGCAGUAUAAUAAUGCCAUUCAAUUAGAACGUGAUCAAUUAUAUCAUAAUAUAGUGUCCCGUACCUUGCAUAAUUUAUAUAACUUAGAUUAUAGGUUACGUAGUAUCAUCAAGUACAUAUUAUAUUGAUUUAUAUAAUAUAUAUAGAGAGAAAUACGAUGGUGUGUUCGAUUUGUGGGUCACAUUAUCGUAGUCGUUAUUUCGUCCUCUGUUGUUUAACUUCAAAAUAAUAAUAGUAUUAUACAUAAUAAUUACGGCUCGAAUUUCAAUGUCCUAAAAACAAUGAAAAAAUCUUCUAAAAAUGGCAAAAAAAAAAAUGCCUUUUAACAAAAUAAUGAAUUUAACAAAUUAUCUAAAAAUACUAAAAUAUUCUUUGAUAAUACAGAAUAAAAGUUCCAUUGUUUUCAUUUAUUUGACUCCGGGUGCUGUACCACAGCCGUUAAUAAAGAUAAAAUAAAAGGCGUUAUAGAUAUCAUAUUAUGUAAAACGAUUGAGAAUUGAUGAAGAAAUUACUAAAAUUUAUUUAAGCAUAUUUCAUGAAAACCGAAUUUCUAAUAAUAAUAAUAUUUAAUAAUAAUAAUAUUUUGAAUUAUUUGAAUUUAAACUAUAAGGUAGAUAUUUCAUGUAAUGUAGGUUUAAAUAUCCAUAUAAAACUAAUAAAACAAUAAAAAAAAAAAAAAAAGGAAUUCGAAAAAUCGAAUUAAGUACUUGAAAAGCAUUGUUUUAAAUAAUCCACCAAAAAAUGAUUAUUGCAUUGAAAUUUGGAACCAAAUAAUAAUAUACUCUAUCGAAAUUAUAACUUAUAUUUCAAUUUGUCCGUUGAUUGACCAACAGAACACGAAUGUAUUGAAAAAAAAAUGUACACUAGGCAAAAUUAUCCACUGAAAAUAAAAUUGCCAGUAAUUUAAUUCUAAUGAAAUUAAACAAUAUUAUUACGCAAUAAACCUAUCAAAUAUCAAAUAGGUAGGAAUUAUAAAAUAAAUUAAAAUAUAUUACGUUGCAUAUGAAACAUUUUCUUUGAUAAUAUAAAUAGUUCCAUUAUUAUAGAAAUUUUAUCAAAUAGGUAUAAUAUGUAAAAAUAUGUUAUCACUCCGCCACGGAAUGUCAAAAUUAUUAACUUUUACGAUUUAAAAAUCAUAUUUUAUCAAAUUACACCUAUACGAGAUUCCCAAAUAAAUUAUAUUAUACAUAUACAGUGUAUGCGUACGUAUAAAAUGAUGAUAACUUCCAAAAAUCUACCAUUAUUGUCUCUAACAUAAUUAAAGUCAAUGAUAUAUCUAAGAGUUAAAUUUACAGUGGAAUAUAAUGGAAAAAUGACCCGUGAUAAAAACCAAAAACAAUAUUUACUUCAAGUCGUUACCUACUCUAAAAAGAGCAUUAUUUGAGAUUAAUAGGUUUAAAAAAUAUGAAUUCAGUUUUAUAAAAAUAUAUUCAAGAAUACGAAUUACGCAAAAUGUUCUUUCAAAUAAAUAACAUUCUUAUACUUUUUCGAUAUAGUUAUUAUUACUUUUUUUACGCUUGAAAAACAUAUAAAACUAUGUUAUUUUUAAAAAAAAAUAUAGGAAUACGCAACUUCAACCCUUUUGUUUAUUAAAACGUUUUAUGCAUCGUUCUUAUGUGUAUUCAAACAAACUAAGAUUGUAUAAUUAAUAGAUUUCCAAAGUUCAGUUUUAAGGAACACCCUGAUAUACGUAUUAUCAGUUAUUUAUUAUAUAAAUGUACACAGUAGGUAGGUAUAUACAAAAAUAUAAGUAUAGGUACAUUGGGUUUCAUAAGACAUAUUUCGGUUUUAAAUUAUUCUAAAAUCGCGAUCAAAAAACAAAAGAAAAGAAAAGACAUGGACAAUUUUUACACUAAUAUAUUUGCUUUAACUAUCGACCAUUUUGUAAUUGGACAUUUUUUCCACGAUUAUAGUAAAUAACAUAUCGGUAAGUAUACGUGUCAUUGCGGUGUAACUUUAUAUAACAUGUUAUUAAGUAUGUAGGCGAGGGCGCCUAUUCAGACGAGGGAAAAAAUGAAACUAGAUUUCAAAAUAUAUUUAUAGUACAUAGAUAUAUUAGAUUGGUAUUUCUUGAAAAGUAAUGAAGAAGUAUGUAAUUAUGUAAACAUUAGCUUAGUGAUAAGCAAAAGUCUAUGCAGGUUAUCAUUAUAAUUAGGUAAAAAAAACUUAAUAGAAUUUAUUUUGAUGGAUUCAAAGUAUGCAUAAUUAUUUUUUGAAUACUUUGUUAUUUUCUAAGGGAGAACAUGUCUCUCUCUUAAUCCCCCCCCCAAGGCACCCAUUUAUGUAGGUACCAGUUUUAGACAAAAUAUUAUUUUGUUUUAAUAUUUAUAAUAUUUUUAUAUAUUAUUUUAUUUUUAUAUAUAUAUUAUAUAUAUUGUACAUUUUUCGAAUCGAUUAUACGUUUUGAUUAUUGUGAUUUGCGAUACACGUGCCCAUGUUUAAUACCAAAUUUAAAAAAUCGGUGAAAACGGGUUUUUGAGGUUUAAUUAAAAUUGGUGGGUGGUUUGUGAGUUAUGGGUAGGGUCUUAGACAUAAGACUGUAAAACCAUAGAACCGUGACAUUGAAGCAACAACUUAUAAAAAAAUUAUUACUGAUUUUAUUCAUAAGAGUAGUGAUAAAUGGUGGUAAUGAUAAGUUUAAAAAAUUGCCGAGCCUCAAACAAAACAAAUAUUCUCCUCACUACUUAAUGAAAAUACGUUAUUUUUGUACUUAUAUUAUAAAUUAAUUAUAGUCCUUGUAGGUUGUAACAAAAAUAAAGCAAUAGGUUAUGUUAACUCAUAAAUUAUAAUUAUGAUAAUAUAGUGACGGCGUAACGACUAUUAAGAAAUCGUUGUUUAACAUCAUUCAAGAAUGGAUCGAGCCGAAGUAUACGGAUGAAGAAUUAAAAUUAGCUGCAGAAAAAUAUCAACACUGCCCUCCGAACUCGAAAGAAUCUCUGUACUAUAGGUAUGCGUUUAUAAUAUUAUGUAUUUUUGAAUUGCAUUGAAUCCAAUUGGACCAAAUCGCAACUGUGCCAUGAGUAUACUAUACAAAAAAGUCCAUUUUAAUAAAAAUCAUUUUGCGGGAAAAAUCUGGCAGACGUCUAUAAUUUUUAAAUAAAUAUAUUAUCAUAUAGGGCAUUACGAAUUUUCUUUAAUUCCUGUAAAUUAAUUUUUUAAAUAGAUACAGUUACGUCAUAUUAUUUUUAUUUUUUAAAAGGAAUAUUUUCUAAAAUACUGUACAAACCUGUUAAUUUUCCAAAAACAAAAAACUGAUAACUUCAAAAAUAUUGAAAUCAACAAAACAAGAGAGGAGUUAUAAGUCCAUAAAUAUUAAAUUGUACAACCAAAAUUAUAUACAUUACAAAUACAUUACGCUAAUUUCUAAAAUAUACAUGUUUAGCAAUAUAAUAAUAUUAUAAUGGUAUUUAGGGACAUAUUUGAAAACCACUACAAAGGGCUAUCGUCUAAAUUCAUGCCUUACUUUUGGAUGCCUAUGUGGACUAAAGUCAAAGAUCCGUCGGCGAGAUUUAUUCAACACUAUGCAGCUAAAUAA